CGCUGUCUUUUCCCUUGUAGUCUAUCCCCUCCCUGCCAUUGCGAGAUGUUAAGACAAUUGUCAUUUGCCUCGGUUUUAAAGACACGUUCAGUCCCUUAUUUGCUUCAUCGCAAGGCACUUUACAGUAGCAGCUCUGCCGCGCUUCAGCAUCAAGAAAAAAUCAAGCUUACGCCGUCGCUUGAGACCGUAUUUUCUCCUGAAUUCAAAUUCAUACAGAAUGCUGAGCCUAUUCCUGCCUAUCGCGUCAUGGAUCAAUCUGGCAAGGUCCUGGACGAAUCACAAGGCCCAGAUGUAUCCAAGGAGUUUGCCAUCAAUAUCUACCAGAAGAUGCUGACUCUGAAUAUUAUGGAUAAUAUUUUGUAUGAAGCACAGCGCCAGGGAAGAAUCAGCUUUUAUAUGACCCAUUAUGGUGAAGAAGCUUUCAUGGGAAGUGCAGCUGCUUUUAGCCCUGAAGAUGUCGUUUUUGGCCAGUAUCGUGAAGCAACGGUUUUGAUGUAUCGUGGAUUCACCAUGGAUGAAUUCAUGAAUCAGUGCUACUCAAACGACGCGGAUUAUGGUAAGGGCCGACAAAUGCCCGUCCAUUAUGGAUCAAAGAAAUUGAACUUCCAGACUAUUUCGUCUCCGUUGGGCACACAAAUUCCACAGGCUACGGGGGCAGGUUAUGCUCUCAAGCUUUCUAAUCGUAAAGCAUGUGCUGUUUGCUUCUUUGGCGAAGGAGCUGCUUCAGAAGGUGAUUUUCAUGCUGGUAUGAACAUGGCAGCCACUUUGAGCAGCCCCGUCAUAUUUAUAUGUCGCAAUAACGGCUAUGCUAUCUCAACACCAUCAACUGAACAAUACAAAGGAGACGGUAUAGCCAGCAGAGGUGUUGGAUACGGAAUGGAUACUAUCCGCGUCGACGGUAAUGAUGUUUGGGCAGUUUAUAAUGCCAGUGUAGCUGCUCGUAAGCUCGCGGUAGAGAAAAAUCGCCCUGUCUUAAUUGAAGCUAUGACCUAUCGCGUUGGCCACCACUCUACCUCCGAUGAUUCGUCUAAAUAUAGAGACCGCCAUGAAGUAGAAAGGCGAGCGGAAAUGGAUAACCCAAUUACGAGAUUACGAAAGUGGCUCGAGCUGAAGGAAUGGUGGACAAAGGAAGAAGAAGAUCAGUACCGAAAAGAAGCCAGAAAAGGCAUCAUGAAGAGCUUCCUAGCGGCUGAAAAACGCAAGAAGCCCUCGGUUGAAGAACUUUUCACAGAUGUAUACGAUGAACUUCCCCCCAAUUUGGUUGAACAACGACAAGAACUUGCUGAUUUGAUGAAAAAGUACCCAGAGCACUAUUCCACUGACAAUUAUGUGUCUGGCCUGAAAUAAAUGUAAUUGCUCGUCGGAGUUAAAGCUGCUCUAGAGUGCCAUACAUCCGUAUGAUAUGCCGCAUAACGACCUUUGAAGGAUGUCCCUUCCUUUUUGAAGAUGAAGAAUACAUAAACAUGUUAAAUUGACCUUAGAUAUAUA